AUGUCCGGCCCCUUUGCCGGCAGUAGCUUGAGCACAGGGUCAUUAUCACUUAUGCUAUUUUCUCCAAGGCCAGAAUUUACUUUCAAACAGAUAUUGAAAGACCUCUUUCGGUAUGGAAGCUACUCAGACAUGGAAAUAGUCUGCAAUGGCUUCACUUUCAAGGCCCACCGCGCAGUUGUAUGCACGCAGUCUGACUUUUUCAACGCGGCUUUCAACGGUGGCUUCAAGGAAGCCAAGUCGAGAACAGUCGAGCUGCCUGAUGAUGACUCCGAGACUAUCGAACGAGUUUUGUCAUUUCUAUACCUACAAGAGUACGAUGAAAAGGGUCACUUAAUGGCCUUGGACUCCCAAAUAACUGUGGCUCCUUCCUCGACCGAUGGCUCAAGUGCAAGGAACGACGAAGAACAGAGUAAAACGACUGAUGCUGGCUUAAAUAACGCCCAGGUUUACGUAGCCGCCGACAAAUUCGGGAUCCCUCUCCUGCAAGCCCUCGCAGCAGAGAAGUUCACCCGCUGGGCCCAUAGCAAUUGGAAUUCCAAGGAGUUUCUGCAAGACAUCGAAGAAAUAAUGAUUAUUUCACCUCCACAUGACCGCACUCUGCGAAAUAUCCUUGCAGACAUUAUAUCGAAGAAUCUGAAUUGGUUUGGCGUCCGAAAGGACUUCCUUGCUCUAAUAGAGAACUUUGGUGGCCUGGGAUCGGCUGUUUUAUUCAAGCUUGUGGACUCGGGCCUCGUGAAAGCGCCCGAAUCCCAGCAAAUCUUUUCUCCAUUGUCAAUGACCCUUGGCAAGACGAACGUGAGGGCCUGUAAAAGCUGUAUCAGGCCGCUCACCGGGUUCAAUAUAGAGUACCACAACGGGGAACCUCGUUGUGUUACAUGCGGUACACGGAAUUGA